UGUCGGCUUUGAUCCUUGCAAAUCUGAGUGAGAAGAAGGAGAAGAAGAAGGAGAAGGGAGGGCAUGACAAUGAUAAGAUCUUUCUCGAUGGCAAUGUUGCUCGUCUCACUAGUUGUUUCAUCCAUAUUUUCUAUUGUUGUUUCUUCCCCAGAAGCAGACUUUGUUCAGAAGACCAUCUCUUCCCACAAGAUCGUCAUCUUCUCCAAAUCCUACUGCCCGUAUUGCAGGAGAGCUAAAUCUGUGUUCAUUGAGCUGGAUCAGGUUCCUCAUGUUGUCGAGCUUGACCAAAGAGAAGAUGGUUGGAGCGUUCAGAGUGCACUUGGAGAGAUUGUUGGAAGGCGAACAGUACCACAGGUUUUCAUUCACGGAAAGCACAUCGGAGGAUCAGACGAUACCGUAGAAGCGCAUGAGAGCGGAGAACUGGCCAAACUUCUCGGUGUUUCCACAAAAGCUGAACUCUAGGUUCAAUCUUAGUUUGAACAAGAAUUGAUAAAACACUAUCCUCUGUCAUACUCUCACUCAUGUGUUGUAAGCAAGCACUUCAAUUUCCAUUUUUAUGAAUCUUGUAAUCUGUUCUGAAAGAUUAUAAACGUCUUGUUAUAGUUA